AUGUCGUCGACCUCAGGAAACAGUUCCGGCUAUCCAAGAUCAAGCAACUCUAGAUCUCAACAACCGCAACAAGAGCAGCCCUCGCCGCAGUCAACAUCUUCUUACCUGACGUACCCCGUUUCCCAUGUUGUCUCGGGCAUAUAUCGACGACUUACAGAGCCUGGCCCUCCCUCCACCCGCCCUCUGAACCCCGUGGGUGACGCUGCAAUUUUCACUCCCCCUCGCCGCACAGCUUCCCCGUUUCAUCCUCCGCCGCUGACGCCGCUUACGCUCGAAUGUUCUUCAAACGAUACAGACCGGCUCCUAACACGAUCAUUAGCCGAGGAGAUAAGGCUAUUGAUUCCUCCUCGGCUCCAGCUUGUGGACACUUGGAAGCUGGUGUAUAAUCUCGACCGAGACGGUGCAUCUUUAUCUACCCUCUAUGAUAAAUGCAGAGAGCACUCGGAGAUAAGCCAACGCGCUGGAUACCUGCUUGUUGUUCGUGACUCUUCGUCUUCUGCAUUUCCUGGAACCGGGAAUGCCAACUCUAGUGGAGGGCCAACUACGGGUGGUGGUUCAUUGUUCGGGGCCUAUCUCACCGAUGCACCGCAUCCUGACUCCCAUUAUUACGGAACAGGUGAAUGUUUCCUCUGGCGGGCAAGUACCUUAUCAUCUACUCCAAUAAUACCAGCUACUGCCGCGAACGGGAAGAAUACAAAACCUGGACAGUCUUUGCGCGAGAGUUUGGAACAAGCUGGUCUGCCUCCACCUCCAAGUGCGGAUACAACCAAUAUUCGUGGAAGAAAUACUACAUUUCGAGGUGAGGUUGAGCCCAUUGCUCCUGGGAAUAACGGGGGAGAAUCUCUUCUCCGGCCUUCCACUGCGGAGGAAGGAGACGGACCCAAUGGCUCGCCCAUCUCUCAGACACGAGUUGGGGCUAGUCCAGUUGCUAACUCCCGUGUAGGCAGUAGUAGAAGCGGUACUCAUACCCCAGAGCAUAUCAGGUUCAAAGCCUUCCCAUAUAGUGGAGUUAAUGACUACAUGAUAUUUUGCGAGACGGGAUUUCUCAGCGUAGGUGGAGGGUAA